AUGAAAGGUCAAUGCAUAUUGAAGUUCCUCCUUGGAACUCUGCUGGUGGUUCUGCUUCUUGCAGCGCAAGUGCUCACCACACCGGUCCCACUAUCAUCUCUCAGCAGCAGAGAUUUGCAGUUGCACCGUACCCUGGAAGCUCGAGGAUUCAGAACCCUUUUCCAAAAGCUCAGAAAGGGAAAAAAGGGAGACUGCACUAACGCCUGUGACCUAAGUCCGCACCAAGGGCAACAAAAGCCCGAGCCAGUUCUUGAAACAACAACACAGUCACAUUUGGAGAGUCUGUGGCUUAAAGCCAAGAAGAAGUUGACUGUGGGCAAUGUUGAACAUUUUACAUUGGACCCAACCAAGGCUGUUAGCUAUGGAGCGACUGAAAUCUAUGGCUGCACUGUUCUUGUGGUUGUGGAUGGACGCAGUGUUACCAUUGGUCACUUCCCCCAGAAAUCAGGAUCAGGUAUCACAAUGGAGAAUGAGCAGCAUACGCAGCAGAAAAUCAUUGACCGAAUGGAACGCAAUCUUGUCCUGGCUGACUACACGACACAUAAGCCAUAUACUGCAAGUUUGUCUACUGUUGGCCACCGAGGGAAGGUUUCGGUGACCUGGGAUCCUAAGGACGAAGGAGGAGCGACCAUGAAGGUUUACAUCCAAAAUGACAAUCCUAUAUACGUGCAAGACUAUGAUGCAAAUGGGGACCCUUGUGAAUUGAUUGGUUGA